UUACCAUAUCACGACCCAAAAUGGCGGGAAACACAAUGAACCCUCCCCAAUAUUUCGCGGGAAACACUUCUCUUUUUUAUCACUUGCAGUCGCUACCACUACCAGAGAGAGACUGAGUGCGGUAGUCGCAGCAUACAGAGAAGAAAAAUGGUGGGACCUCCGUACGAUUGCCUGGCGAAUCCAUUGGGAGCCGUCCGAUUGACUUUCGAGAAGGCGAUCUCCUCUGGAUCCCUCGAUCCGGCAUCCUUCGGCGGCAAAGACUGGGGCGCCAUCGAUCUCUUUCGCAACUUCCUCUUCGACCAAGCCAACGUCUCUCAGGUUCCAUUACUUAAUCCUACAAGCAUCAGAUGGGUUCAGCCCCAUUCGCUUGUUCGAUUCCGUGGUAUGAUACAAGACAUGCUGGGUAAUGAGUUCUACGCAGGAGCCUACAAGGAUGGCUCUGUGUGGAGGACCAACAAGUUUGCUGAUGUCUCUCACUUCCCAAAUGUCUCUGCAUCUAAUAUGCAGAUCUGGGAACGUCGUUUGCUGUACUGUGUUCCAGUCCCUGGCCUGAAUUCAUGGACUGAAUCUCAUUCGGAAGUAGGAAGAAAUGGAUCCACCGAUCAGACAUUCCUACAAAGAGAGAAGCGGCGGAGAAUGGAUGUUGAAGCUACUGAUAGCAUGGUUUCUAUGGUAACAUAUAACGAGUUUCAAGAUUCUCCUAAUGCCAAAAAAAUGAGAGAGGAUGGAAACACUUCUAUGUCUUCCCAGAUUCAAGACGAGCAAGCUAAGGGUAGUUGUUCUACUGCAUUACCUGAUAUUGAAAGAGAUUCUCUUCCGUGUCUGGUAAAGGUUUAUGACUCUCCCGAGUCUGAGUUGAAGCUGAAUGAUGUUUUUGAGUUUGUUGGGGUCCUCACCUUUGAUUCAGAGCUCAUGGUGGAGAAAGAUGAUUAUGAUGAGUUGUCAACCGGUUUAGGUGAUGAUGAUUUGGUCCAUGGGCCACCUAACAAGGUGCCUCGUCUCCACUGUAUUAUUCACAGGAAGCUUGCUAUGCUUGACUUUCUACAUGGUGGUCCUCCCACAAUGGAGCCAAAACUGGAUUUAGUAAAAAUGGCAAGGGAAGCUCUGUUGGGACAUCUUACAACUGUUCUCGGCAAUGAUGGGUUAGCAGCACAUUUCAUGUUGUUGCAUCUUCUGUCCAGGGUACAUGCUAGAGUAGACAACGUUGCUGUUGGGAAGCUUUCACUAAAUCUUACCGCUUUAAACAAAGAGAGCGUGACUGUGUUUGGCACUCAGCUUCGAAUUUCCCUUGAGAGCCUCUUGCCAUUCACGCAUUGGAUACCCCUUACUGUGCAAUAUCUUAACACUGCUUCACUUGCUCCAAGAAAGGAUUAUGAUAUAAACAGACUGGUACCUGGUGUUCUGCAGCUAGCUGAGGGCUCGCAGCUGAUCAUUGAUGAGACAAAAUUGGAAGCAGGCACCCUCAACCCUGUCGGAGUAGAGAAUGUGAGGUUGCUUAAAGAGUUAACAGAGCUCCAAAAGGUUGACUAUGAUUUUAAGUAUUAUAAAAUGGAGAUGGCAGCUGAUGUGCACUUGCUAGUUCUCUCUGAGGGGAAAUCAAAUAUCUUGCCAGCAGAUAUAGUUAUACCUUUCCAGCCUUCUGUGGUCUCCAAUGCAGUUGUGGCUGCAGAAGCACUGGAAGCCUGGAGAUGGUAUUUGUCCACAGUUAGAUCCUUGCCACAUUCUAUUGACUUAGAAAUGCAGAAGGUGGUAGAAAACGACUUGGUUGCAGCAAGGCAAGCAGAUCGUAGUUUAGGCAGCCAAGACUUUAGCAGGUGGUUAACAAUGGGUCGUCUAAUGUCUGCAAGUUUUGGUGAAACCUGCCUGACAUUGGAGCACUGGCAAAUGGUUAGGGAGUUGGAGAGGCUGAGAAGCGAGAGACUGAAGUGAAAUAAAAAAUGUUUUCUUGACUUGAUUCUGUUUGGCAUGGUUGUAGUACAAAUUUAGCCAAUGAAUGUAAUCAGAUUCAUUUUAUACAUUCAGUCAAAAAAAUGUUGUCCAUCUAACAGUGUGAAGAAAAGCUGCCUCUGAUUAUGAAAUUAUUUCAUGAUGUAAAUUAAGCUUAUAUUUUUGUGAUA